UGGCAUACAAAGCAAGCGCCGUUCAUGCAGCUUGGGCCCUCGCUCCUUCCUGCCCCGCCCUCUCUGAUCAAGAGGUGACCUGCCUUCGCUCGUAGUGUGCUUCUCCUUUCUGCUGCGAGGCAGUGGGAACCUCGCAUUUGGCGCCCACGCCCACCGAUGAGGCGACGACGCAUGACGUACGGUCCCGCUCUGUCCAACACCCAGGCCAAGACGGAGUGCGAGCAGAAGAGCAAAAAGCAAGCACCAGCGCGAGCGCAGACGCCAGACGCUAGGACGACGAGCGUGCAGAAUCAGGUCGGGCCGGGCAGCGAAGGCAAUGUGAUCGCUGAUCGAUGGCGGCCAGUGAUUGGAAAGAGUGUGUGGUAUUGAAUUUGACACGAUCUGACAAUGAAGAAUUGACUAAAAAGAGUGAU